CAGAAUGGCAGCCACGGGAGUGCACGGACAAAACGUUGCCGGCGAAAAUGUUCAAGUUAAUCCUUCGGCCGCCCGAGUGCAAACGAAAUUGUUUGACUUUCAGGCCAGCAGUGCUAACAGGAAAUCUCUCCAGACUCUACAGUUCUCCUCAACCAGUGAUAAAGAACUGGUCAGCAAGGAUGGACCAAUCAGACAGAGAGUUGGUAAACAUUCUAAACCUCACAAGAAGAAGCUGAUCAAGCCCAGUCAGAAACCAGUGACAGUGUUCCGUGACCCCAGCCCGCCAGCAGUCAGAGAGGAGGUUGUUGCUGUGGGAGAUGAUGAAGCUUUGGUCACUGGGGAGACGAUACCAGACUCCUACUGGAAACUGCUAGCUGAGGAAAGACGACUUGCACUUGAUGACUCCCUCCACGAAAACGAAAUGCUUCACAAUGAGAUCGACCAACUGAAAGAGGAGAAUUCUCGCUUGACAGAGCUGGCUGGACAAGCAGAGUACCUGGCUACUAUAUUACAGACUGCUGUCGAGAGUUCUGGGGAUGAAGAAGAUGGUGGUGCUACAGAAAAGCCAGAAACCAGCGAUGAAGUGGAGGAUUACUCUUCCAGCUAUGAGGUGAUCAGUUUGACAGACGAAGCUCCACCCACUUUGUCGGACGAGGACGGUGAAACAACAGACACAAAGUCUCUCUCAGACAGUAAAAGAGAAAGUGACACUGACACAUUGUGUAGUCCUGUUUGUGGAGACAAAUUGGUUGUUUCACGCAUGACAUCAAAAGAGAAGGAUACAGAAAAGUCCUCCAAAGUUACCUCCCCUGAGUCUAGCCCAACCAAGCUCCAGGCCGGUACAGAGGAGAGUUCAAACAGCAGCACCACAGUAUAAUGGCAAUGACAAUACAGUAUAAUGACACUGACAAUACAGUAUAAUGACACUGACAAUGCAGUAUAAUGACACUGACAAUACAGUAUAAUGGCAUUGACAAUGCCGUAACAUGAUCUCAGCUGUAAACAUUUAUUAAUAAUGGUGAGGAAUUGUCUAGAAUUUCAUAUCAACCAAUUGUGCUAAAUCUGUUAAAUUGUUCUAGAACAACUCAUAUUUUGUGAGUAACUUUUGUCUUAGAUGCAUUAUUAGUUCCAUUAAAAUUGCAGUUCAGAUCGUUUUUUCUCACCCGAGCACUACCCAUUUUGGGGCGGUUGGAGAUCAGUGGACCUUACCAUUUGAGUGUUGCCUGUAUGUUUACUGAAGAAAAUCACUGAUGUAGCGCGUAUCUUGUCCAUUGUCUGUGCACUUUGUAGUGGUCAUGAAAACUUUGGUACUGUUGUUUUCUAUUUUAUUCAUGUAUUUUAGGUAUGUACAGUGAUCUGUGUAAUGUCUAUUGCAUCAUAGGAUUGAUUGACAGGGCUACAUAUACUUGCACAAAUGGUUGAAAGGGGGCCAGUUUUUACCUUCGUUUAGGACUGUUGAUUUUAUUG